CUUCACAUGCAUGUACUUUUACUGUUCUAUAACUGUACAAAGAUAGAAACCGCGAUGGUAUUUUACAUGAAAAUUUUCUGACGUAACAACAAACUCUUGUUUCUGUCAGCAACAACGUAACAUAGCAGAGUCCGGAUGUUUCUAGUGACAUGAAUAACACAACAACCUUGUGUGGUCACUGGUCAGAGGCUAAAGAUGCUGAAAAAUUAACCAGAGUUUUGGUUGUGAAUGUGAAUGUGUUUUAAAUGAACAUUUGUGUUAAUGUGUUUUAAAUGAACAUUUAAGACCCUAAUCUGUUUAACGUCUCAUUGUUUUCCUAACGAUACGUCUAUCUUGUAUUAGCUGGAGAAUAAAUAACUGUUGAUUUAAAAGCUAGUUUAAAUGUACGGUUUAAGUGAGCACUGUGAAACAAAUCAUUAACACAGUGUCAUGGAAAACCUACAUGUAAAUGUGCAGCUCACAAAUUGACAAAGGUCAAUAAAAAGAUGCUUUUUAACCCAGUAAAACUAUGACCUGAUUUAGAGAGAAUCUGGGAUGGUUUGAAUGUGAACUUAGUGGUAACUAUAGUUAGCUUUUAUAAAUAAAACUAUUAUAUUGACUAAAGCUCUCUUCUCAAUUUCAAGACCUACUUUGUCAGUGAAAGGCUGAUAUCUGUUUUUUGGAAGCUGUAGAAGACAUUUUUCCACAUGGAGGGCAGUGGAUUUUCAGUAGCACUGAGCCUCUUCCUAAUCUUUCUGUGUCUUCUCUACUUGUAUUCAGUUAAUCCAUUUUCAUUCCUUUCUCGACAUGGCAUCAAACAUCCAAAGCCAGUGCCUUUCUUUGGAAACUUGUUCAUGUUCCGUGAGGGUUUCUUUGGCCCAAUAUCUGAUCUCAUCAGGAGUCAUGGCAGAGUUUGUGGAUACUAUUUGGGGCACAGACCAGUGGUGGUGGUAGCUGACCCAGACAUGCUCAGACAAAUUAUGGUCAGAGAUUUCAGCAGCUUCACAAACAGAAUGGCUUUUAGUUUUGCCAAAAAACCCAUAACUGACUGUCUGCUCAUGCUGAGAAAUGAACACUGGAAAAGGGUGCGGAGCAUCAUGACCCCAGCCUUCAGUGCUGCCAAGAUGAAAGAGAUGGUUCCUCUCAUUAACACAGCCACUGAUGUUCUCAUGAAAAACCUGAACGUGUAUGCAGAGUCAGGAGAGGCCUUUGACAUCCACAAAUGUUUUGGUUGGUUCUCGAUGGAUGUUAUCGCCAGUGUGGCGUUUGCAACUCAGCUGGACUCUCAGGAGAACCAAGAUGAUCCGUUUGUCCGCCACGCCCAGAUGUUUUUUUCUUUCAGUUACUUCAGGCCCUUGAUGCUUUUUUUCAUUGCUUUUCCAUCCAUCAUGGCUCCUCUGGCCAGAUUUAUCCCCAAUAAAGGACGAGACCAAAUGAAUAAUUUCUUCAUCAACAGUAUUAAGAAAAUCGUCAAGCAGAGAGAAGAGCAGCCUCCUGAACAGAGGCGCAGAGACUUCCUUCAGUUGAUGCUGGACGCUCGAAGCAGCAAAGAGACUUUGUCUUUGGAGCAGUUUGAUACGUUGAACCACACAGACGAGCUUAGUCACAUGACCCAACAGGCCUCAGAGCAGGGCAACACCAGCCCUCCAGCACAGGAGCCAAAGCCAGGCCGUAGUUCUCAGAGAAAGACGAUAACUGAGGACGAGAUCGUGGGUCAGGCUUUUAUGUUUAUUUUGGCAGGAUAUGAAACCAGCUGCAACACUCUGGCUUUCACCUGCUACCUCCUGGCUCUUCAUCCUGAAUGUCAGCUCAGAGUACAGGACGAAGUGGAUGAGUUCUUUUCUAAAUAUGUGCGUGUAUUAACCAGGGUGCCUUUCUUCCUUUCCAGUAUAUCUGGUUGUAAUGGGAUUAACACCCUCUGGCUAUUGUUGCAGGAGUCCCUAGAUUACACAAAUAUUCAGGAGCUGAAGUAUUUGGACAUGGUCAUCAGUGAGGUGUUGCGUCUUUACCCUCCUGCAUUCAGAUUUCCACGAGAAGUCAGUCAGGACUGUGUGGUGGGUGGACAGUUCCUCCCCAAAGGAGCCAUUCUGGAGAUCCCGGCUGGUUUCCUACAUCACGACCCAGAGCACUGGCCAGAGCCGGAAAAGUUUAUCCCUGAAAGAUUCACGCCAGAGGCCAAAGCCGGUCGACACCCGUUUGUGUAUCUACCAUUCGGGGCCGGUCCCCGUAACUGUGUGGGGAUGAAGCUCGCUCAGCUGGAGCUCAAGAUGGCGUUAGUUCGUCUGUUUAAUAAAUUCAGUGUGGUGGCCUGCACUGAGACAAAGGUUCCUCUUGACUUGAUGUCAUGGAGGACUCUGGGACCAAAAGAUGGCAUAUUUGUGAAAAUCACUGAACGAAGCAAAUGAAGUUACAUCCAAACCAUACGCUGUGGGUUCACUGCACAUUGAGUCAUAAACAGAAGAGUUACUGUGAUUAAUGUAAUGAAUUAAAGUGCGGCAGACGAAGUAGACACACACAUGAUGAAAGACAAGUGAGAAAAGACAAACAAUCUUCUCUUCUACACAGGGUGAUGUUUCACUUUCUAGUUUUUACAGUGACACCAACCAGAAACAGAAGUGUACAGGAGAGACUUGAAACCAGCACAAAUGACUGUGAAAACAUGCAAAUGGUUCAGGACCGUCAGCAGAUAUCCUAAACCUGGAACACAUAAUGAAUGAAGAGUCUUAAAUGGGAGAGG